UGUAAUAAUAAUAUAUUUUUUGAAUGAACAACCAUUUCUUUUAAUUAACGACAUUCUGUUUUACCACCUGGUAUAAGUGUUGUUUUUUAUGAUCAAGGGCCCGUUAGUUUCUUUAAUAAUUACAUUGUAUCCGAAGAACAAGAAAUAAAUAAGUAAAGAAUAAAUAAAAAAUAUGAAAAAAAAAACAUCCAAUAUGUCCAUUUUUUCUCUCUCCUUAUCCUUUUUAUGUUUUUUUUUUUGUUCCAGAAAAAAAACAGAAUGAGGGCGGUGUUCGCAGUAGUUCUUCUUCUGGUCCUCGCCGCUCGAGUGCAGCCGCUGCCCCUGCAUUCACGGUACCCCGCGGCAAGGAAUCGAAUCGCUUGGCAGAAGAAGAGUGUGAGUGAGGAGAGCGAGUUACUCUGGGGCCACCAGUGUUCCCCACGCCUCGCCUGGCUUCACCCUCAACAGGAUGCGAGACUGCAGUGCGAAAUAUUUGGCCCUUCUGGCACCGUCCUCACCUGGUACAAGGACCAGGUUCCUAUCAAUCCUCAGAUGGAGGCUGUGGAGGAGACUACCAACAGCGUAGCCUGGAAAGACAAGGCCUUCCGUUCGACUCCCAACGGCGUGUCAAAGGUCAGGGUUAAGUCCACAGUGUACAUCGACUGUGCCAGUACUGAGGACAUGGGAGAAUACAGCCUGAAGGUACAAACACCAGAUCACCAGGUGUUUACGAGGAAUUUCACCGUGACUUUUGCAGCAGACGAGAGCGCGAACCCAGGACCAACAUGCGGCAUUGGCAAGGACCUCGUGACCUACCUGCCGAGGAUCUACCAGUAUGCACCGCAAGCCCUGGCAUACAACGGCCACGACGUCACCCUGCCCUGCCGCCAGCAAGGUCGUGACUCUGCUGUGACCUGGUAUUUGCACAAUUCUCCGCUGCCUCGAGAUUCCUCCAAGUACCUGGUACUCACCAACGGCGACCUGGUUGUACGGCGAGUCAGUGUCCAAGACCGAGGGAUGUACAAGUGCAGAGCCGCUAGUACCCUCGUCCACGGCCUCUCUGACCAGAUCCGUACGUUCCUCUACCCAAUGCUAUAGUUUGCCUGCAGGAGGAACCCGCUGCUUUCCCUGCGCCCCUAGCCUCGAACACGCACGAGAGGAGUCGCCUAGCUUUCCCACGAAGUUAAUGGAGGUUGUCAUAUCCCUGCGUCGGCUUGCAAGAUAUUAUAAGCAUAUAGAAAGCAUACCUAAAGAUGCAUGUACUGUGCGUACCACGUUGUAUAUGUGUGUGUGUGUGUGUGUGUGUGUGUGUGUGUGUGUGUGUGUGUGUGUGUGUGUGUGUGUGUGUGUGUGUGUGUGUGUGUGUGUGUUCUUUCUAACACUAUUUUGAAAUCGAUUGUCGCGAGAAAUGCUGAAACAGUAGUCUAUAACGAAGAGGUUACAAGACAUUAAAUGCGUGUAUAUUGUGCUACUUGUGAAAUUAUAUGGCCUCGAUAAUUUGCAGUGAAAAAGUUAAAAUAUUAGUGACAAGCAUAAUGCGGAUAAGAUUGCAUCGUGCUAUAGGUGUGAAAGAUAUUUUACCUGAAAGAAGAGGAAGAUGGAAAAAAAAGCGACAGAAAUAAUCAGUUUAAAAUAUAAAUAUCACAAGAGACAAUCCCACGCAGCAGCACUCAUGGGAAAACUCAUAUUGCUUCUCAAAAGGAAGAAUAAUCGCAUAACUGACUUUAAUGCACAGUUGAUGUUAUUUCAGGAUGUCAUAAUACACACACACACACACACACACACACACACACACACACAC